UUAGUUGUCAAAUACUUGUGCUAAGAAUAGUUCGCUGAAAUAUAUUAUCGUUGAACUUGGAAAAUGCCUCACGUAUGUCAAUUAUCUCUUAAGUCAACCCAAUCGACAUUAUCAUUUGAAAAAAUUCACAGGUUCAAAUUACUAAGAAUCAUUCUGAAUUUCACAUUAGUAUCGCAUAAUCAUCCAUUUUCUAUUAUCUAUUUCAAGAGCGAGAAUCAAAUUAAGAAGGAAAAGUAUAGACAAUUAACUAAAUAUCCAUUUGUUAUCCACCCGUUAAGUUCCUUCAGGCAAUUGUACGAAUUUUGGCUUAUAAUCCUCUAUGCGAUGGUGGUAAUAAUUAAACCCCUAGAUGUUGGUAUUAGAGAUGGUCGUUCAGGAUCCUGUCUAGCUCCUGAAGGUUUCAAGUACCAAGAUCGUGACUUUAAUUUUCGUUGUUAUGCAAUAAUUUCAACAAUAGUCGACGUACUCUGUUGGAGUGACAUAAUAAUGCAAUUUUUCACUGGGUACGAAAAUAAAGAGAAGAGGUUCAUUGAGCUUCGACCGAAGAGCAUAGCGAAAAAUUACGUUUUUGGUCCAUUCUUUUUAAUCGAUCUGUUCAACGUUCUACCAAGAUUUACACUAAGAUGCUUCAUGGAUCAGCCUCCUUUAUACGUACUGGGAAUACAGAAUAUAUUCUGUUUAGCAAAAGCAAUUCGAUUCUUCACAAUACUAAAUAACUCAUCACGAGUCUUAAUAUAUCUAGGUGUAACGUCAAAAAUAAGCUUCAUAGCUUUUUAUUAUUCUAUUAUCACUAUUUUUAUGAUACAUUAUGUAACAAUGUUCAAUAUAGGAAUGAUACGCGUCAUACGAGUCUAUUUUGGACACGGAGCUUGUUGGAAAGUGAUAAAACAAGAACAAAGAACUUUGUUAGGAACUUACAUGAAAUACGUGUUCAGAUCCUGUGCUUACUUACUGGCUACGAUGCUUCCUAGAAAAUUCUACAAAAAUAUGGAAAUCGAAGAGAGUAUUGUUCUCAGUGUAUCCUAUAUUUUUGGAAAAUUCUACAUAAUUAUAUCAUGGAUAAUUAUUGCUUCUACUAUUCUACAAUCACGAUCAUUGUAUAUGAAAUAUCAAAUGCUAAUUGAACAAGUUCAAGCGUACAUGACAAAUAAAAACGUUCCCAUUGAAUUGAAACAAAAAGUUUUACAAUAUUACGAAUACAAAUAUCAUGGGAAAUAUUAUCAAGAAAAGCUACUAACUUCCUUGAUGUCAACUCAACUGAAAAAGGAGAUGAAAUUUCAUUCAUGUAGUCAGUUCAUAGAUAAAGUUAUAAUUUUGAAUGAUCUUUCAGUAGAAGAUAUUACGGAAGUAAUAGAAGUACUUAUACCUGAGAUUAUUCUAGCAUCUGAUACCAUUUAUCAAGCAGGAAACCAAGGAGAUUGUAUGUAUUUUAUAGCUAGUGGUACAGUUGCCUUAUAUACACCUUCUGGACAAGAACUGUGUCAUAUUCAAGAUGGGGGAUAUUUUGGAGAGCUCGCUCUUCUAAUAGAAUCGGCCAUACGGCCAUUGUCCGCCAUUGCAAUUGAACAUUCUAAUGUAUAUAAAAUGGAUAGAGCCAAUUUCCAAAAAAUUUUAAUGAAAAACAAAAUCGUACAUGGCAAAAUUAAUUCAUAUGCAAAAAAGUUGCUGCAAGCUGCUCAGAAAUUGGAAGAAGCGUAUAUGAUGGAUAUGUUGGAAAAUCGUUAUAGUAAAAUUAUUUAGCAGUUUUUCAAUAUUAUGAUAAUUUGUUAAUAAGAAGAUAAUAAAAUCAUGCAAUCAACCAUA